GACGAAAUGCCACCAACAUUCAUAUACGAUUUACCACGCAAUCCAGCUAUAGCAGUUGGAUUACCUAUUGCUUUAGGAUCACUCUCUGGCGCCAUAACCAAGUCAUCAGUGGAUACAUGGUUCGCUGGGUUGAAGAAGCCAUCAGGACACCCACCAAAGAUCGCCUUCCCAUUAGUAUGGACAUUCCUUUACGGUGCUAUGGGUUAUGCUGCUCAUUUGACAGCUUCCCAUGUGAACACUCCAUUUAUCGGUGACGCAGCUAGGGAUAACUUACAACUGCAAUACAUACAAUUCGGAUUAAAUAUGCUUUGGACUCCGUUAUUCUUUGGCGCUAAGAAACCCGUCUUAGGAUUAAUCAACAUUACUGCUUUGUUAGGUACGGUUAUUAAGAUUACAAAGGAUCUAAGGGGAAUAGACUCAACCGCUCAUUACUUAUAUUUGCCUUACUGCGCAUGGUUGGCUUAUGCUACUUACCUUAAUGCCGGGAUUAUUUAUAAAAAUUACAACAAAUGAGUCAGUAUCCUUGCUAUGAAUUCAACGUUUUGAUGUAUCCGAUCAAAUUCCGCCGAGGGUAUCUUGUCUUUAUAUUUACCGACGAAUUUAUCAGGAUGGAAGAUACGCAUGAGAUCCCGUAUAAGCUUCCUCUGUUCAGAUGAGCUGAUGAUGUCUAGUUGGAGGAAUUUCGUGAUACUCUCGCUUGAGAUAUCCUUGUCAAUCGAAGGGUAUUUGAUGUUCUUGAUAGUGAUUUCAUCAGGGGUGUCCAACCAGAAGCGCCUGAAUGAUAUCCUAUAAUUCUCUAUAUCUUCUGCUUCUUUCUUUGAUUGUUUUAUGGCGCUCUCCUUUAGUUCACUUUGAAUCUGUUCUUUAGCCGCUUGUUUAGCUUUCUUAUGCUUGCCAGCGGAUGACUGUCUCGAUCUUCUUGAUUCCCUAUCUUGUUCAGCUUCUUUCGGAUGGUAUCUUUGCCACAUACCAGCUCUGAUUCUCUCCGCAUAACUCUCUUCGUCAUCUAAAUCGUUAUCGCUGUAUGAAUCAAAGUAUUGGUGCUGCCAUCUAUGUGGUAUAUAGGCUUCAAAUUCGGCAUCCUCGUCCGCAAUAUCAGCUAAUUUACUUAUAAAUUCCUCGUCCUCAUCACGUUUGCAUGCCUUUCUUGGGGGAGUUAUUGGCUCAUCAAAUUCUGCAUACCUUGGUGGACUAACGAAUAUUCUUUUCUUGUAAGUCUUUUUUAGGUUAUUAAUUUCGUCCUCUUCA